GAGCUGACAGCAGCUUUGGAAAAGAGUCCAGAUGACGCUGAAUAUUAUUGUCAACGAGCUUAUGCUCAUAUUCUUCUACAGAAAUAUGCUGAUGCAGUUGCAGAUGCAAAGAAGUCCCUAGAACUCAACCCCAGUAACGCUAUAGCGCUCCUCAGAAGAGGGCUAGGUGAAUAUCAUAUCAAAAACUAUGCAUCUGCUUUAGAAUCUUUCAGAGAGGGACAGAGGUUGGACAAUGUAGAUGAUACCUUUACUAUUUGGAUUAAAAGAUGUGAAGAAAUAUUAAAUGCAUCACAGACAGAUUUGCAGCAACCUCUGCCACCAAAGAUCAAAUACGACUGGUACCAAACAGAAUCCCAAGUAAUUGUGACCAUAAUGAUCAAGAAUGCACAGAAGGAUGAUGUCAGUGUGCAGUUCUCGGAGAAGGAGGUGAAUGCAUCAGUGAGACUUCCAUCAGGUGAAGACUACAACUUGAAGCUUGUUCUUCUUCAUUCUAUAGUGCCAGAGCAAAGUACAUUCAAAGUGCUCUCAACAAAGGUUGAGAUAAAAAUGAAGAAGCCAGAGGCUGUAAGAUGGGAGAAGCUGGAGGGCCAGGGAGAUUGUCCUAAGUUAAAACAAUUUACACCAGAUACCCAGAACUUAUAUCCAUCAUCCUCUCACUAUACAAGGAACUGGGACAAACUGGUAGUAGAAAUCAAAGAAGAGGAGAAGAAUGAGAAGUUAGAAGGAGAUGCUGCUUUAAAUAAACUCUUUCAGCAGAUUUAUUCAGAUGGUACUGAUGAAGUGAAACGUGCCAUGAACAAAUCAUUUAUGGAGUCUGGGGGCACAGUUCUGAGCACCAACUGGUCUGAUGUUGGUAAAAGGAAGGUAGAAGUAAAUCCUCCUGAUGACGUGGAGUGGAAAAAGUUCUAAUCCUAUUUUUGAUCUUUACCAUCUAUGUGUUGCCAUAGUCAUGUACUGACCACUGUGUAUGGACGUAGCAGUCUUGGAUUCAAAGCACUGAGUGUUCCCUUGAAAACAGGAAUUGUCUUUACAUUUUGCGUGCUCUAGAAAUUCCUUCAUCCGCAGAUGUUAAAGAUACACUCAACAGUGGAACCCUAUUUUUAUCAUCUCUGUCUAAUUUCUGGAAGUUGAGUCAAUCAGUCUAAAUUUUCUACUGCCUUUAUCAGCUCUGCAUUUUGGGAUAGGGUGAUCUCUAAUGGCUGGUCAGGAUUAUUGCCUUACACUUGGUAUUUCUGUUCAAUAACUUAUUAGAUCUUGGCAACUUUGGGUAAAAACACUUUUCAACAACAGUGUUAAAAUUGUUUGCUCUUUAACUCUGCUAAAUAAAACUGUAAAUACAACUUU